AUGUCACACCGGAAGGCGGCGGCGAAAAAACAGAGAGGGGAUAAUCCCUCCGUCGCGGACAUGCUGGCCGCCAUUAAGCCAGCGCCACGUGGGAUGCAAGGUGUCCUCUUUGAGCCCCCCUGCCACACCAACGUCUCUCUAUGGCCAAGCAGAGGACCCCCAAUGUGCUAUACUGCAGUCGCUGGAGGAGGUAAAGGGGUACCUGGCAGGGGAGAUAGAGCGCACGGCCAGGGAGGUGAAGGCCGAAAUCCAGGCCAUUGGAGUCAGAACGGAGGCCCUGGAAAGCAGAUUGGAGGAGGUAGUGACGGCUCACAAUUCCACCACCACGGCCACCAAUGCACUUCUGACCAGGGUAGCUGCACUGGAAAUGGAGCUAGAGGACAGCUCCAACAGAACAAGGCGCAACAAUAUGCGCGUACGCGGCUUACCAGAAGAGGUACAAGAUGGCGACUUAGAACAAGUAAUGGUGGAAUGUUUCCGUGCCAGUCUGCCACAGAUCCCAGACCACUUAUGGCACAUUGACAGGAUCCACAGAGCACUCCGUGCAAAGGGCCCACAAAAUAGUCCACCCAGAGAUAUAAUCAUCAGAUGGCACUUUUACUCCACAAAGGAAGCCAUACUUAAACGGAGCAGGAACCACCAAUACACCUACAAAGGGAAGGAGCUCCAGAUCUAUCAAGAUAUCGCCCCAGCAACCCUGGCGAGAAGGAGGGAAUGGAAACCCGUCGCGGACCUCGUCAGAGCAAAAGGCCUACGCUUCGCCUGGGGAUUCCCCUUUAAAAUGCUGAUCUUCAAUGGCCCGAGACCUAUAGUCCUGUUGCCGUCCAUGGACCCCAGGGGGGUCCUUCGUGACCUGGGCAUCCACGUACCAGAUGAUCUCACCCUGCCACAGAGAGGCCCCAGGGCACUGGACCUCCUUCCCAGGGACUGGACAGAGCAUGGGUCGUGCCCCACCUAG